UCAUGGCGGCUGUACCGACAAGUUUUCGUGAACAAAUUUGUGAAGAACUGACCUGCAGCAUCUGCCUGGAGCUGUUCACCAGGCCCAAGGUGCUGCCCUGUCAGCACACCUUCUGUCAGGACUGUCUACAGGACCAUGCAGGGAGGGGAGGGGCCUUCCAGUGCCCAAACUGUCGUCAGCAGGUCAGGCUGCCACCCCAGGGGGUUGCAGGUUUGCCAGACAACCACCUGGUUACAAGUCUGAGUGAGAGGCUUCAAAACCAGGAUACAAUAUCAGGGGAAACAAGGGAACAACCCCAGUCUGGAAACAGGUGCAGCUUUCACCCCACUGAGAAGCUAAAACUUUACUGUAAACCUUGCCAAGCGCCUCUGUGUGUGGACUGUGUAGAAGAAGGCCAUGAUGGACAUCCAAAUAUAAUAAGCCUUACAAAAGCCACACAGGAAAAGAAGUCUACAGUCCAGGCCUUAAUCAAUGAGGGGAGGGACAUUCUGGAAACUUACUGCAGCUUCAUCAGAGGUCUGAGGGAAAAAGAGAAAAACCUGAAUGAACAGAAAGAGCAGAGAGACAACAGCAUUAUCCAGGCCUUCAACCAAAUGGUGCAGAAACUCACAGAGAGAAAAGACUUCCUGUUGUCUGACUCCCAACAAAACUACAGCGAGAACUUGGAGAAAAUACAGACUGAAAGGGACAAUGUGUUGGCAGAUGUCAAUGAACUGUCUGCUGCCUGUCAGCUAGCAGAACAAGAACUGCAGCUGGGAUGCGUCGAGUUUCUAAGCCAGCAAACUGCUUUGACAGAGGUGGUAGGAAAGUACAGAGAAACAGCAGCUCCAACUCCUGUACAAACCCAACCUGCUGUCUUUCAGCCCACAGACACCCCAGUGCCAUUAUUGGGACAUGUGACGGUCCAGUCUCUCCCAUCUGCACCAAUCCCAGUAGCACCCGCAUCUAGUAAUGGUGCAGCAGGUGGCAUAGGUCAAGACAAAGGGCAAGUGAAGCCUCAGUGUCAGAGUGUGACAUUUGGUGAAUAUGGAUCAGAAAGUGGACAAUUUAAGAGUCCACUCGGUGCUACAGUUUCAGAUGAAGGGGAGAUCUUUGUAGCAGACCAGGGGAACCAGAGAAUCCAAGUCUUCACCCUGCAGGGAACAUUUUUGAGACAGUUCCCAACAAUCGUAUCAGAUGAACAUCAGAUGGAACCAGGGGAUGUGGCUCGAGACGGGGAGGGGAACCUGUGGGUGGUGGGGUGGACAGAAUCUGCUGACUUUGCUGUGCAGUACAACAAACAGGGCAGGGUGCUGAGGAAGUUUGACCUACAGAAUACAGAAUGGUACAGAGGAGUUGCCGUGGACACCAGGAGGAACCACAUCCUCAUUACACAAAUCACAGGAGGCAAGGACAACACACAUGGUGAAGUUUUGGUGUUCAGGCCAGAUGGGUCACUUGUGAGAUCUGUGGAGGGGAAAUGGGGUAGCUUCCUAUGGAGGCGACAGGAGAUGAAGAAACCACGGUACAUCACUGUGGAUGGGGGAGGGAACAUUCUUGUAUCGGACAAUGGCAAUCACUGUAUCCAUGUGUGCAAUGAGGACGGACAGUUUCUGUUCCAAUUUGGAGGUUAUGGAAGUGGUGAAGGUCAAUUGAAGGGGCCCCGUGGCAUUUGCACAGACAGGGCAGGUAACAUCAUUGUGGCAGACUAUAGAAACAACCGCAUAGAGAUGUUUGACAAGAAAGGUAGAUUCCUUAAACACAUUGCAACAGACAUGAUGAAACCGCUUGCUGUUGCCAUGGGAACACAGGGACAGUUGCUAGUGACUGAUGAUAAGAAACAGACAUGCCCAAUCUGUCGUCAGCAGGCCAGGCCACCACCCCAGGGGGUCGAAGGUUUGCCAGACAACCACCUGGUUACAAGUCUGUGUGAGAGGCUGCAAAACCAGGCCACACUGUCAGGGGAAACAAGGGAACAAUCCCAGUCUGGAAACAGGUGCAGCUUUCACCCCUCUGAGAAGCUAAAACUCUACUGUAAACCUUGCCAAGUGCCUCUGUGUGUGGACUGUCUUGAAGAAGGUCAUGAUGGACAUCCUAACAUAAUAAGCCUUGCAAAAGCCACACAGGAAAAUAAAUCUACAAUCCAGGCCUUGAUCAAUGAAGGGAGGGACAUUCUGGAAAGUUACUGCAGCGUCAUCAGAGGCCUGAGGGAAAACGAGAGAGGCCUGAAUGAACAGAAAGAGCAGAGAGACAACACCAUCAAUCAGACCUAUAAGGAGAUGGUGCAGAAACUCACAGAGAGAAAAGACCUCCUGUUGUCUAACUCCCAACAAAAUCACAGCGAGAACUUGGAGAAAAUACAGACUGAAAGGGACAGAGUAUUGGCAGAUGUCAAUGAACUUUCUGCUGCCUGUGAUCGAGCAGAACAAGAACUGCAGCAGGGGUUGGUCAAGUUUCUCAGUCAGCAAACUGCUUUGACAGAGGUGGUAGGAAAGUACAGAGAAAAAGCAGCACCAACUCCUGUACAAACCCAGCCUGCUGUCUUUCAGCCCACAGACACCCCAGUGCCAGUAUUGGGACAUGUGACGGUCCAGUCUCUCGCAUCAGCGCCAAUCCCAGCAGCAAUCGCAUCUACUAAUGGUGCAGCAGGGGGCAUAGGUCAACACCAUGGUAACCAAAGGCAAAUGAAGCUUCAGUCUCAGAGUGUGACAUUUGGUGGAGAUGGAUCAGAAAGUGGACAAUUUAAGAGCCCACGUGGUGUUACAGUGUCAGAUGAAGAGGAGAUCUUUGUAGCAGACUGUAGGAACAAGAGAAUCCAAGUCUUCACCCUGCAGGGGACAUUUGUGAGACAGUUCCCAACAGUCGUGUCAGAUGAACAUCAAAUGGAACCAGGGGAUGUGGCCCUGGAUGGGGAGGGAAACCUGUGGGUGGUGGGCGACACAGAGUCUGCUGACGUUGCUGUUCAGUACAACAAACAGGGCAGGAUGUUAAGGAAGUUUGACCUACAGAAUACAGGAAUUUACAGAGGAGUUGCCGUGGACACCAGGAGGAACCACAUCCUCAUCACACAAAUCACUGGAGACAAGAACAACACACAUGGUGAAGUUUUGGCGUUCAGGCCAGAUGGGUCACUUUUACGAGCCGUGGAAGGAAAAUGGUGGGACUUCCUAUUGAGGCGUCAGGGGAUGAAAUGGCCACAAUACAUCACUGUGGGUAGGGAAGGAAACAUUCUUGUGUCAGACUAUGGCAAUCACUAUAUCCAUGUGUGCAACGAGGACGGACAGUUUUUGUUCCAGUUUGGUGGAAAGGGAAGUGGUGAAGGUCAGCUGAAUGAUCCCUGUGGCAUCUGUACAGACAGGGCAGGUAACAUCAUCGUGGCAGACAUAGGAAACAAGCGUGUGGAGAUGUUUGACAAGACAGGAAAAUUCCUCAAACACAUCGCUACAGACAUGGGGAAGCCAAGGGCUGUUGCCAUGGGAACACAGGGACAGCUGGUAGUGACUGAUGAUAAGAAACACACAGUCUCCAUAUUUUACAACUAA